AUGGUGCGCGACUCCUCCAAUGAUUUCCUGAGCAAUGCUGACCUGGCACAGUCGCAAUCACUGCGCCCAUACUUGUCCUGCGUGCGACAAACGCUUACUGCCGCCCUUUCCCUCUCGAACUUCGCAUCGCAGGCGUCCGAAAGACAUAAUGUUCCCGAAAUCGAAGCGAAGACCUCACCAGAAGUCCUGCUCAACCCGCUCACCGUAUCCCGCAAUCAAGAAGAGCGUGUACUAGUGGAGCCUUCGGUCAACAGCGUACGAGUUAGCAUACGGAUCAAGCAGGCAGAUGAGAUCGAACAUAUUCUGGUGCAUAAGUUCACGCGGUUCUUGACACAGAGAGCGGAGGCGUUCUUCAUCUUGAGGAGGAAGCCGGUACCUGGAUAUGACAUUUCGUUCCUGAUCACCAACUUCCACACUGAGGAGAUGCUGAAGCACAAGCUGGUCGACUUCAUAAUACAGUUCAUGGAGGAGGUGGACAAGGAGAUCUCCGAGAUGAAGCUCUUUUUGAAUGCAAGAGCUCGUUUCGUGGCCGAGAGCUUUCUCACACCAUUCGACUAA